UUAUGGACUUCCUUUGUUUUGUCAGAAGUGCAGAAAAAAUCAGGAAGAUGGGACCGAUAUCCUCAAAAUGGAUUCAUUUGGUGCUUGUUUGUUUCUUUUAUUCGUAUGUAAGCUGUAGCUCGGUGGAGCAGAAGAUCUAUGUGGUCCUGAACAAGACGACUCCCUGUGUCCGGCUUCUCAAUGCCACCCAUCAGAUCGGGUGUCAGUCGUCCAUAUCAGGAGACACAGGGGUUCUCCAUGUGCUUGAGACGGAAGAUGAUCUUGACUGGAUCACCAAAACCGGACCUCAUGCCCCGUACAUGGUGCUCAUGGAGUCGCCUGCCUUCACCAGGUCCACGAUGAUUAGGCUGAAGGACUCCAGCCGGGUUGCAGGAGCGGCGGUUAUUCACCUGACCACACCACCAGAUCAGGGAUUCUCUCCUCACACGUCGUGCCCCAACCAGAACACAGGUGUGUACACCGAGUCUUACGGCCCUGAACUGGCCAACUGUAGCACUGCAGUGUGGAACCCACUGGGAAACGGCUUGUCCUAUGAAGACUUUCCUUUCCCUAUUUUCUCUCUCGCCGAUGACAACGAGACGCAAGUCAUUCGCAAGUGUUAUGAGGAUCACAACAGACGUGUAAAUGGCAGUGCUCCUAAGUACCCCCUGUGCGCCAUGCAGCUCUUCUCUCACAUGCAUGCAGUCACAGACACAGUGACCUGCAUGCGACGCACGGACCUGCAGAACAGCUUCAGCAUCAACCCAGAACAGCUGUGCGAUCCUCUAAACGACUACAACGUGUGGGCGACCAUCCGCCCCAUUAACGCCACCGCCAAGGGACACAAGGAGAAUGAGAGUAUGGUCAUUGCAGCAACCAGGUUGGAUGGGCGAUCGUUUUUUUAUGACGUCGCUCCAUCAGCAGCGGGAACCGUCUCCGGCAUCGUGACGCUCCUGGCUGCCGCAGAGGCUCUUCGCUCUGUCACUCGAGUGGCCCCGCCUCCUCGCAAUAUCUUCUUUGCCUUUUUCCAGGGGGAAACAUUUGAUUACAUCGGUAGCUCCCGGAUGGUGUACGACAUGCAGAAAAAUAAGUCAGUGAUCGAUUUCGACAACGUACACUCAUUUCUGGAGAUCGGACAGGUUGGACUGUGGAAUAAACAGACGUUGUGGGUGCAUUCGGAUCCUGUUUCUCGCAGGAACGACACAGUAAACAAGGAGGUUACAUCUCUGGUGGACAACAUUAAAUCUGCAGCCUCCACAAUGGCUGUGUCAUUGGAUGAACCAAAUGCCACUCAGGCCUUACCUCCCUCCUCCUUUCAGCGCUUCCUGAAGGUUCGCCCGAUCCCCGGAGUGGUGCUGACAGACCAUCGAUCCUCGUUUGUCAACAGGUAUUAUGAGAGUCUGUAUGAUACGGCACAGUACCUAAACGUAAGCUACCCUCCCAACCUGACCCCAGAGGAGCAGCUAGAGUAUGAGACAGAGGCUGCCAAGUCUUUGACUGAAGUGGCUACUCUGGUAGCUCGUUCGCUGUAUAAGCAGGCUGGAGGGGAAGAUGUCAUGCUGAAAAACAUCACUGCUGACACAAAGACAAUGGCCAAGUUAUUGUAUGGCUUUUUGGUUAAGACUAAUAACAGCUGGUUCCGUUCCCUGCUGCCGUUUGACGUAGUGUCCAAGGAGCGCAAUUCUAUCUUGGGUUCAGGGCCUCCUCAGUACUACGUCAGCCUGUCGCAGAUCCAACAACCAAAGAGCGUCACCACCUUCGUAAAGUACGUUCUGGUCAAUAUGACCGGUUCUGCCACAAACCUGAACCAGAGCCAGUGCCAGAAUCCAAACGACACCCCCGGAGAAAGCAAAGAUCUGUACGUAUAUGAGUGGGUAUCUGGCACUGCUUCAGAGAACCACACAAUAGGGGAACCUUUUUGUGCACGCGCACCUGUGCGCCUGGCAAGAGCGGAGUCUCCCGCCUUCGAGCUCCGACAGUAUGGUUCCAGGGAGUACUCCACGUGGACAGAGUCGCGUUGGAAAAACAUCGGAGCACGUAUCUUUCUAGUCGCAAGUCCACAAUUACAGAUGCUGACAUUAGGAGUAGGUAUAGCUGUCUUACUGGUCUCUAUAGUGGUGACAUACUUCCUCAGCUCAAAGGCAGACAUUCUUUUUAGUUCUGCCCACGAUGCCCCAAGUACCACAUACUGAACACACUCAUGCACAGCACACAGAUCAUCUCCCACUCAUGUACAUUAAUUCAGACUUUAUUACCACUAUCCAGUCUCCUGCAUUAAUUUAUAACUCAGUACCACUGUUCUAUCCCUGGAAUUACAGCAUCAAACACAGAUGUCUAUGCAUCGACCUGUCUUUGUGCAAGGAAAUUUUUCUUGAACGCAGACCUGCUCUCCUGAAAUAACUUUAUUCAUAACUGGUAGAAAAAAUGCACCCGUAAUAUAUAAAGACUUUUCCUAGACCUGGUUACACUGGACUGAAUGUGACAUUUUAAGGCCAGGUAGACAGACUGUACAGAAAAUGUGAGUAGGAGGAAAAUCAUUUCUUUUUUUUCUUCUUUUUUCAAAAUUGCUGAACUUUCAUUUGUGCUUACUGUACUCUGGGUUUGUCACUAAUCUGAAGUUUCUUUUUUAAUGUAUAAAUAAUGCUUAUGUCAUUUGCGUGUGUUUAAAUAUUAGAGAAGUGGUUUGUAAUUUUUAGAGCCCUCUGUUGUUUGGAAAACAAAUAAUUUGUAUUGAGGAUAAAAAUGGCUAGCUCUUUGUCCAUCUGGCCUCACCAGUACAGUUAAGCGAUUGUUGUAUGAUUUUUGAGGUGCCUUUUAAGGAAAAUCUUGGGAAGCAUUGUUUUGACUAGGAGAUGUGCUAAUUUCUGGGCCAGAAAAAAUCUGAAAGACUCAGAUCCAUAAAGUCUAUUACAGUAUUGUGAGUCACACAUUUUAUAAAUGGUCUCUAAGCUUCUGUAUUUAAUAGAUGGUGUUUAAAAUGGCUUUUAGAAAUUACAACCUGCAUCUUUAAUUUGUGCGUGUGCGUGUGUGUGUGUGUGUGUGUGUGAAGUGUGACUGAAAAUGAGGAGUGUGAUAACUGAUGAGUAUGAUGAAUAUGAUUGCAUCCAUAUGAUCAUUUGAAUAUAAACAGUAAGCAGUAUGUGCAAUAGGUGUAACAGUAUCCAUUAAAAUUUUAGUGUACGGCCUCUCAAAGAGACUACAUUAUUUCUCGUCCAAUCCGAAAGACCACUACUAACCUCAAAAGAUCACAAGGGCACAAGGAGAAAGUAACUAUAACUGUCUUCUGUAACUAUAAAUCUCUGCAGUUCCAAUAUUCUGCAGUUCUAGGUGUUUAAUAUUAAACAGAUUGAAAACACUGAUAAACCAAAUCAACAGUAGACUAAAUGUUUUAACUUUUUUUUUUUUUAAUGACAUGAGAGUAGAAAUUGAUGAGUUGAUUACUGAAUAAACUUGUAUUAUUUGACAAGG